CCUGGGCGGGGCCGGUGCGAGGUUUCCCACCGCCGACGUGUUUCCGGCCUUAAAGGCAUUUCGUCCUUCCCUUUAAGACGCACCGCCCCGUCUCUGUCACUCCCAAGAUGGCGGACCUACUGGGCUCCAUCCUAAGCUCCAUGGAAAAGCCACCCAGCCUCAGUGACCAGGAGACUCGGCGCAGGGCCCGAGAGCAGGCUGCCCGCCUGAAGAAACUACAGGAGCAAGACAAACAACAGAAAGUGGAGUUUCGUAAAAGGAUGGAGAAAGAGGUAUCCGACUUCAUCCAAGACAGUGGGCAGAUCAAGAAAAAGUUUCAGCCGAUGAACAAGAUAGAGAGAAGCAUACUACACGAUGUGGUGGAAGUGGCUGGCCUGACAUCCUUCUCCUUUGGAGAAGAUGACGAAUGUCGCUAUGUCAUGAUCUUCAAAAAGGAGUUUGCACCCUCAGAUGAAGAGCUGGACUCCUACCGUCGUGGAGAGGAGUGGGACCCCCAGAAGGCGGAGGAGAAACGGAAGCUGAAGGAGCUGGCCCAGCGGCAGGAGGAGGAGGCAGCUCAGCAGGGACCCGUGGUAGUGAGCCCCACCAGUGACUACAAGGACAAGUACAGCCACCUCAUCGGCAAGGGGGCAGCCAAGGAUGCAGCCCAUAUGCUUCAGGCCAACAAGACCUAUGGCUGUGUGCCCGUGGCCAACAAGAGGGACACACGCUCCAUUGAAGAGGCCAUGAAUGAGAUCCGAGCCAAGAAGCGUCUGCGGCAGAGUGGGGAGGAGUUGCCCCCUACCUCCUAGGCACCCCGGCUCUCUGGGGCAGGGCGGGGAGGGACAGGCUGCUGCUAUUACAACCCAUUCUGGAGCCCCACCUCUGAACCACCUGCUAACGGCCAUCACUUAGGCUGGAGGAAGCAGGUGUUUGAUUCGUCACUGUUAAGAGUUUGGAUAUGUAUGUGGUGUGUGUGUGUGUGUGUGUGUGUGUGUGUGAGAGAGAGAGAGAGAGAGAGAGAGAGAGAGAGAGAGAGAGAGAGAGAGAGAGAAUGCACAGGUGGGUAUUUAAUCUGUAUUAUUCUGUUCUCCUUGGAACUUUCUUCCCCAUGGGGCUGGGGUUACUUUACAUUCAAUAAACACUGUUUGAACCA